CACAUAUAGUUCUACAUGUUACAAGAGCGAAAAACUAAUUCGAAGAAGGGUAUAUAUGCUCAGCGUGUCGGAACCGGUGCUCCAGUAUACCUGGCAGCAGUUCUUGAAUAUCUUGCUGCUGAAGUUCUUGAGUUGGCUGGAAAUGCAGCUCGUGAUAACAAGAAGAAUAGAAUUAUUCCAAGGCAUUUGUUGUUUGCUGUUAUGAAUGAUGAAGAACUUGGGAAACUACUUGUAGGUGUUACAAUUGCUCAUGGUGGUAUUCUUUUAACUAAGAAGGCCGAAAAAGCUGCUUCUGCUAAGGAACCUAAGUCUCCCAAAAAAGUUGGAAAGUCUCCAAAGAAGGGCUUGGAUCUUUAG